CUAUUCUUUAUAAAUGCUCAAUAAUUUAAGUAUGAGGGGCUGAGGUAUAGCUCCAUGGUAGAGCACUUGACUAGUGUGAAUGAGGCCCUAGGUUUGAGCUCCAGUACCAGGAAAAAAUUCACACUUGUGUCUGGUGGUCCCUGCUUAUUGAUUUAGUUGCUUGAGAGACGGAAAUAGGAGGAUCUCUUGUGCCCAGGUGUUCAAGACCAGUCUACUUAGCAACAUAGUGAGACCCUGUCAUCUAAAAAAUGAGAAAAAGAAAGGAAAGAAAAAGAGGAAAAGUUCCAUUUUAGAGCUAAUUUCUUUUAUCCACAUAUUUUAAUUAAGCACUCAAAGGGCAGUAAACACAUUCUUCAAAUGUAUUCACUGACACUCGAAGUUCCUCUCUGACUCUCUCAUCUAACCCCGAAUAACACCCUGUCUGUCAAGCACAUAACCUUGGCUGUCUUUGUAAGACAUGAGACAUUUGUACAUCUGAAAUGGAGCUAUAUGUUAAACAUUAAUUCAGCCAUGAUAGUGAACCACAUGAAACCAAAUAUCUAGCAGCAGGAAGAAGAAUGGUUAACUAGACAUUCAAGGGCAGACAGUCUCUUCCAUAAAAAGAAAAGAAAUGCAAUUAAAAGAUUGUCCAUUUCAACCCAUAUGUUCUCGUCUAUCUUAAAACAACAGCUCACGGCAUUAUUUAAAUUCUUAUCGUUUGUGUGUUUGUUGGGGAUGACUACAGACAGAACCUUGCCAUGUAGCCCUGGCUGAGCUGGUAUUUAUGAUGUAGCCCAGGCUAACCUCAAACUCACACAAUGCUCCCAUUUCAGUCUUUUGAGUGCUGGGAUUUCAGGGAUGUGCUACCACGCACGGUUGGCUUAUAACAUCAUUUUUUUAAAAAAGCAUUUCUUUCCUGCACAGAGGCCUUUCUAAAGUGAGAGCCGAGACUUAAGCCUUAUGCUGGUGAGGUAGCCUGUGUUUAGAUUCAGCAUGAACAGGCCUCUUUGCCACAAUGGAGGGCCUUUGAAUCUAUUGUGUGUGCAGUAGAGGAGCACCAACAUGAGUGGGGUGGUUCCCUGAUGGAGCCUUGUCUGGGUAGCUUGUGUAGCCUGCAGGCUGCGUGUGCUCCAGGAAGCUGAGAACGGUUUUACCGUUUUACCCCCGACUAGCCAGAUGGUGCCACUCACGCCUGCCACUCCCUAGCUAGCAUUCUUCUCUCCAAUGAAAACUGUUGAGAACGGAGUUAAUUCCUGAAGUGACAGCCUGUUUCUUAAAACACUGGUGGGGUGGAAGAGUUAGCACUCUCAAUGCUGUUUAAAGUGGAAAAUGGGAGACCCGGCAUCCUUGCUUAGGAAUGUAAAACAAACGUGUUCUUUCCACUGUGAUCCUAUCGCUGAUUGAUUGGUCCAGGCAAGUAGGUAAGGCUCCCAACACCUGGGGACACUGUUAGAGGGCCAUCUUUCAGCCUUGGCCUGGCCGUGACUCACUAAUAAAAGGAAAAGCACUCAGUUAGGUUGGCCUUAAACUAAGAAGUUUAAGAUAAUCAAGCCAUGUGUUCAUGUCAGUUUGGACUUCGAAAUGGUUCCUACUGAAAGAUUGAUGGUGUUGGUGAAUACCACUUAGCUCUUUCUAAAUCUUCAACCUAGAUAGGCGUGGCACUGAUACAGAUGUGUCACUGAGAUAGAUAGGUGUGCCAUACACUUUUGUUUUUUGUUUUUUGAGACAGGGUUUCUCUGUAGCUUUGGAAACUGUCUCAGAACUUGCCCUGUAGACCAGGCUGGUCUCAAACUCACAGAGCUCUGCCUAGCUCUGCGUCCUGAGUGCUGGGAUUAAAGGCAUGCACCACCACUGCCCCGCAUCACACACAUUGUCUAAGGAAGAAUUGUUUGAGUACAUGCCAUGGGGACAGCAGGCUGGGCAGUAAUCAGAGUACUAUCUGUAACCUCACUAAUGGGGUUUCUUUUCUGUUAAACAAUGAUAUAACAGAAGAAAACCAAACAAAAUGCCCUCCUAAUUUCAGUAGCAGGGAUAGCUGCAGUUAAUGUUUGAUUUAUUUUAUUCUAUUGUCAAUUCUUAUUAGAAAGGGUCUCAUGACAUAGCUCAAGCAGGUUUCAAAUUAACAACAAUCAUCUUCUAAUGUGCUGGGAUUGCAAGCAUGGACUACAACACUCAGCUGAUGUUUGGUUUGCAUGCUUUUUUUCUUUUCUUUUUUUUAAAUAUACUGUUGGGGAUUGAACCUAGAACUUCACAAGUGCUGGUCAAGUGCUCUCCCAAUGAGCUACAACCCCCAGGGGUUGAUUUAAACCUCUUGAUCUUUAUCUAGAAGUAUACUCACUUGUCUUUCAGUAUCUGUAGGGGAUCCAGCAUUCCCUGUGGGUACCAGAAUCUUCAGAUGCUCAUCUCUUAUACAGGAGGGUGUAGCAUUUCCAUAUAACCUGUCCACAUCUAUCCCUACGGAGUGAGAGAUUUAUAGUGAGAGAUUUUCUGUAAUGAAAACUAAGAUGAAAAGUGAGUAAGAAAAACACAUCAACCUUGGCCUCCACAUGUGAAAGCAGGGGUGCUUGCCACCUGCACACACACACAUGCCUAUUCACAAAUGCACAAGCACAAGUGGGUGCAUACACACACACACACACACACGCACACGCACACGCACACACACACGAACACGCACACAUACACACACAGACUGGUUUGAAGCCAGCUGUGGCAGCACUGGACUGUAAUGCCAGCACUCAAGCUGAAGCAGGAGAAGAAUAAGUUUGGGGCAGGCUCAGCCUGGGCUACAUAUCAAGAGCCUACCUCUGAAACAAAACAAACUCAAAACAAAACAAUGAUAGAAAACAAGCAAACAAACAAGAACCCAAUUCAUUUCCCCCAAACCUUACAGAUUCUGGUAAGAUUGUUUUUGGUUUUGUUUUUUUUUUUUGUCCUAUCUUUAGACAGCAUUUCUCACUUUUGCCGCAGUCUUGGCCUAGCAAUUGAAUGAGGAGACAGGAUGACAACUGCUCAGCGCGAAGGUGUGAGCCAGCCCUUUCAUGAGUGCUUGGCUUUGGAACCCAGUACGUCCCCACUUGUGCAGUCUAAUUGAGUCAUUGUUGUGGAGAAGAGUUUGCUGUAGGCUCACCACUUUCCAGGCUUGCUGUGCAGUGUCUUGCUGCUGACAUUUGAGUUUAUCAUCUCCCAGCAUCACUGAACUAUGAAAACAUUGGCCAUCUGUUCUGUACAUGGCACACAUACAUAAGCUUCCCUUUCCUGCAUGCUCCAAGCUGUUCCCUUUAGAUGUUAUCCAUAGUUUUGGCCCGUGGAGGAAAGCCAUCAGCAUAGUGAAGUGAGAUUUUUUGAAUUCUUAUCAGGUUAAAAGCUCACCAGCCACCUGGUCAUUACCUGGAGGAGGGUGAGGGAGAGCCUUUUUACACUUGAAUAUCAUGGUUUUUCUACACAGUCCUGGAAUAACAGGAGCUCUUGAGUUUUCUUUUGAGUCAGGCUCUUCCAUGUGAGGUUGGAACUUUGGGCUGAGCCUAGCUGGAGAAAGCAAAGGAAAACCAGUGAAGACAUCCAUCCAGGAAUCAGGAGCUUUUCUGCCUCUGCACAUAUACGAAGAGAGUUACAGGAUGCAGAGCAAGCCCCUAGGGAUCUGUUUGAUCAUCGAUUGCAUUGGCAAUGACACAGAAUAUCUUCAAGAGACCUUCACUUCCCUGGGCUAUUGUGUCCAGACUGUCUUGUUUCCUAAUGCGGAGGAUAUACCCCAGACUCUUCGUCAAUAUGCCCACCUGCCCCAACAUCGAGACUACGACAGCUUCAUAUGUGUUUUAGUGAGCCGAGGAGACUCCCAAAGCAUGAUGGUCGUGGAUCAGGCUCGCGGGGGGUUCUCCUUGGAGUCUGUCAAGAAUAUGUUCAUGGGGGACAGGUGCCCUUCUCUCAUAGGGAAACCAAAGGUCUUCUUUAUUCAGAACUAUGAGGUGAUAGGUGGCCAGUCGGAAGACAGCAGCCUGGAGGUCGAUGGGCUAGCAAUAACAAACUGGGACUCUAAGGCCGUGCGUCCUGGCCCCAGCAUGACUCACCGGGAAGCCGACAUCUUCUGGAGCCUGUGCACAGCGGAUGUGUCCCAGCUGGAGCAGCCCUCCAGCUCAUCCUCUGUGUACCUGCAGAACCUCUCCCAGAAGCUUCGGCAAGAAAGGAAACGCCCACUCGUGGAUCUCCAUGUUGAGCUCAUGGACAAGGUUUAUGCCAGGAACAGCAGAGUUUCUCCUAAGGAGAAAUACUAUCUGAGCCUGCAGCAUACUCUGCGAAAGAAACUCAUCUUAUCUACAUGAAAACCCGAUGCCUUCCGGAUUCUUGGGAUGUAGACCAGGGUGGCUUGGAGCUGGCAAAUCUCCUGAUUGCUGACAGCACUUGAAGGUCACAACUGCUCUGGUUCUGGUGAAAGCCUUGCUGCCAUGGACCAUGCCACUCCAGCCAUCAUUCCUCCUCACUAUGAUGGCCAAGUGAACCUCUCCUCCUUAAGUUCCUGUGUCAGAUGUUUUGGCACAGUGUGGAAAAUGGUAAGAUGUAAUCACAUUGCUUCUUGGGUUUAUCUACCAAGAUGUACUAAGUUAUUAUAAGAGUUAUUUAUAGUCUAUGGUCAAGAUUUGAACUAUGACGCUUGAAUAUAACUUAAGGAGGAGAUUUGCCUGGGUUCAUCAUCUAAUUGGGUAAAUUGUUUCUGUGUUUUGAGUAUCUGCCAUAAUCAUACAUUAAAUUAUUAGCUUAUUAAGUUAUUAGAAGUAUCCAUUGCAUCACAAACUAGGGAUUUCUGGCAUUGUUGCUCUUGAACUUGCACAUUUGUUUUGGAUGUUGUUUUGGAUGUUUGUGACCCUAGCUUUACAUGUAUGUUAUUUUUUCAAAAACAAAUUUUGUUAUGUAUGUUUAAAAUUUACAACAUGAUGCUUUGGAGCACAUACAUGUUUCCACAGUGAAACAAAUUAGCCUAUCUCUAAUUUCAUAUAGUUAACUUUUUUUGUGGAGAGCACAGUAAGAUCAUUAAACAUGUUGGAACAAGUCUGGAAUCCUAGCUAAAAACCUGUCAUACUAGUACUAGGGUGGUUGAGGUCAGAGGAUCACAAGGUCUGAUCCCAGUCGGGCUAUGUAGUAGUAGCUAUGUGAUGAGAUUGUGUGUGUGUGUGUGUGUGUGUGUGUGUGUGUGUGUGAGAGAGAGAGAGAGAGAGAGAGACAGAGACAGAGACAGAGACAGAGACAGAGACAGAGGCAGAGAGAC